AUUGUAUAUUAAUUGUUUUUUUCAUAGAGCAUUUGGCAUGGAGUAUACCCAAGCAGCAGAAUUGUGUUCUUGCUUGCAAAGCGAUGAUGGAAGACUUAUGCUAUCAUUAGGAGGAAUUCCACGUCAAGAAACAAAUCCAAGUGCAGCGACCCCUACAGAAGGAGUAGCUUUAUCACAGGAUGGAAGGUCGUGCUACUUUUUUGAAGAUGCUACUUUGAUGACCAUUGGAGAAUCUUAUGCAUGCAGUGCAGCACAAUUUAGAGCAUUUGGUGUCCAAUAUGUUCGAACAGCAGUGGAGUGUACUUGCUUAAGAGAAGAAAAUGGAAAAUUGAUGUUAUCAUAUGGCCAAGGUUCUCGGAACACCCCUAGAUCACGUGAUAAGGAAGGAGUCAGUUUAAGUCAAGACAAAUCCCGUUGUUUCUUCCAUGAAGAUAGCAGUCUUCUGAUUGUCGGACAACCAGGGGCUUGUAGUCCAGCUGUGUUUCGUGCCUUUAACCAGCCAUAUAAUGGACAGACGGAGUGUGUUUGUAAUUAUGAUGAAAAAACAGGACAAAUCCAGUUAGAAUACGCAUCUGCAGAUAGCGGGGGAAGAGGAGAUAACUAUGAUGAUAGUAGGGUACAACUAAGCAGAAACGGGCAAAGAUGUAUAUUUGAUGAUAAUACCCAGUUUAUUGUUGGAGAACCCAGCCUUUGUUCCUUAGCUGUAUUUAGAGGGUUCGGAAAGGAAGACGACUUUACAGGACAAGAAAUAGAUUGUGUUUGUGAAGUACAAGGAAACAAUUCACUUCACUUGAGUUAUAGAACCCGUCCAACUCAAAGAAGAGGAAACCAUGGAAGAAAAAGAAGAUAUCGUAGACUGAGAAGAGUAUAAUUGUGAAGUUUGAUGAAUAAUAUAAUUAAUUUAAAAUCGAUAUCUUGUUUUUAACAAUAAAUAUGUUUAAGAAUUUAAA